AUGCUGCUACUCAGGUGCCGUCUGAAACGAGCUCUUCCCCAGAAGGUCUCGUGCCGGUUCUGUCCAGUGAUGGGGAAACUGCAGAGCAAAUUCAAACACAGCACUUACAAAUGCAGCAGGCCAGAUGGAUUUAUCGAAGAGAGGAUUCAAACUAAAGCCUUUCAAGAGUAUAGCCCGGCUCACGUGGAUACCGUCUCUGUUGUUGCUGCUCUGAACUCAGACCUCUGUGUCUCCGGAGGAAAAGAUAAGACAGUUGUGGCCUAUAACUGGAGAACUGGAAAUGUGGUGAAAAGGUUCAAAGGACAUGAGCGUGAAAUCACCAAGAUAGCGUGUAUUUACAAAUCAAGCCAGUUCUUCAGCGCCUCUCGUGAUAAGAUGGUCAUGAUGUGGGACUUGCAGAGCUCCUCACAGCCAAGACAGCAGUUCUCUGGCCACACCAUGGUGGUCACUGGACUGACCGUGAGUCCAGAUUCAUCACAACUGUGUACCGGCUCCCGUGACAACACCCUGCUCUUGUGGGAUGUGGGGACUGGACGGUGUGCAGAGAGCGCUUCAGUCUCCAGGAACCUGGUCACUCACUUGUGCUGGGUCCCCCAAGAACCUUACGUACUCCAGACCUCCGAGGAUAAAACCAUCAGACUGUGGGACAGUCGGGGGCUGCAGGUAGCUCAUACAUUUCCCACCCAGCAGCACAUCCAGACGCACUGCGCGGUCAGUGAGGAUGGACACAAGUGUGUCUCCUGCAGCAGCGGCUUUGGAGGGGAAGGCUGUGGAGCCACGCUAUGGGACCUAAGGCAGACACGGAACAGAAUCUGUGAGUACAGGGGGCACUUCCAGACCGUUGCAUCCUGUAUCUUUCUACCCAGAGCUUUAGCCUCGAUGCCUGCAAUUGCUACCUCAUCACAUGACUGCAAGGUGAAGAUCUGGAAUCAAGACACGGGAGAUAGAUCAAGCACCUCCAAAAUGCAAAUUCCUAUACACAGUGAAACUUAA